GUGUCAUUUUAUUCUCUCGAAAAUAACGUAACAUCUUAUCGCUUUUAAUUUCAGUAGGUUUCUUUAAAUAAAACUUCAAAUAAUUAAACUAAUUACAAAUGGCAACAAAAACUAUUAAAUUGGUGGGUCGUACAACAGAUUUUAAAGGUAAAACGCUAUGGGAGAUUGUGGGAGAUCUCAAAGAUUUUGGUGUGGGUCGCUUGUUAGUGCGUAACAUGUUUCAACGCUAUGCAGAACCUUGUUAUAUGCGCAUACUGAAAGUGGAGACUGUGGAUGGUUCCCAGAAUUCCGACAAUCCCCGCAAGGUUAAGGUCACAGUACAAAAAACUUGGCGUGGUGUUACUCUUCCCAAGCCGGUGGAAAUUUAUAGCACCAGCUAUAAGGCUGACUACGAAUUAGUUGAGAAAGAGGAUGAACAUAAAUAUCUACAGAAUAAUUCCAAAAUUGUAGAGAAACUAUUGAGCACCCACGUCGAGUUUCCACCUUUAUUACGAGAAUUUGUUUGCGAAGAGACCGGCCAGAAGGAUCCCCAAAUGAAGGUUCAUUUUAAGGCCACUGAUAAUAAAUUUGUUCGACUAGCCAAAGAGGGAGAAAAGCCCGAUAUACAAAUCACUAUGGGCCUAGGUCAACCAGCACCAGUUUCACAAAAGUUAUAUGAAGGUGUGCUGUAAUUUAAUCUGUGUCUAUUAAAAAAAAUUUGUUGGAAAUUGGAAAAAAUAAACUUUGUAAAAAGUGUCA